AUGGGACAGGUUACUGAUCUUGGACCAGUAGCUAUGGUCCAAGCUAAGGGAAAUGACACAAAAAGAGUUCAUUUCCGUUUGCGUGAUACAAGUGGUCAUGAAGUGGCAUGUUGCUUAUGGGGAAAAUAUGCUGAGCAAUUUGAAUCGGUGGAAGAAGCUAAUGAUGAAAGUAUUAUAUGCUUGAUAAGGUUUGCAAAAAUCAGCGAAUACAGAGGAGAAAAACAAAUAACCAAUGCAUUUGAUGCUUCACUUGUGUUUCUCAAUCCAACAAUGGAGGAAGCUAUCGAUUUUAAACAGAAGAUGUUGAAUGAUCCUCUUCCCCUAGGUAUUUUGGAUCAAAGUAAUGAAAAGAAGAUAAUCACAAGGGUUGCUCACGAUUGGAAUGAGGUAGACGUGAGAUGUAUUUCUGAGAUUUUACAGAGUUUUGAGGUUGACAGUUGCAAGAUCAUUUGUUCAAUUGAAACAAUUGACACAGACUGGGGUUGGUUCUAUUUUGGGUGUAAGAGACACAAUCUACGUCUUACUAGGAUUGGUAGGAAAUCUACUGGUAAGAUGAUUCAAUCUGAAAAGCCACAAUUUUAUUGUGAAAUGUGUCGUGGAGCCUGUUCAACUAUCGAGCCAAAGUUUAAGCUUCAUUUGGUUGUGAAAGAUGACUCUGAGACAUGCAUAUUGAUGCUUCUUGACACUGUAGCUAAAACAAUUAUUGGUAGCAAAGCUGUUGAACUUUGGGAUGGUUCAUUUGAUGAGAUUGAAGACCCAGAAAUCCUUCCUCAGCCUAUUCGAGACUUGGUUGGAAAAUCUUUUUGUUUCGGUCUAGCAAUAAGCACUGACAAUUUAAAUGGAUCAGAGACUUUUAAGGUUUCUGAGGUUUGGUCUGGAGAGUAUAUUCAGAGGAUCGAAUCAGUCUCAGAACCAGUUUCAUUAAUUGAGACCAAUUCCUCAACUCUAUCUGGUGGAGAGCUUCUUGCAAUUGAUCAUAUCAAUGAGAACUCAUCAGAAGAUGUUUCCACCCCAAGUAACAAGCGUAAGGAAGAUGAGUGUGAUCAAAUGGACAUGACAUCUACAUCUAAGAAGUUAUGCACUAAUAUCAUAAAGGUGGAGAAGACAAAGACUGAUUAG